CGCUAUGUUGCCAUCUGUAACCCCUUGCUUUAUAAUGCCAUCAUGUCUUAUUAUAGGUGCUUCCAGCUCACAGCAGCAGUUUAUAUCUUGUGCAUCAUUCAAUCGACAUUCCAUACUUGCCUCAUGUUGAGACUCUAUUUCUGCAAGGCCAAUAUUAUUAACCAUUAUUUCUGUGAUGUUUUUCCACUCAUGGAGCUAUCCUGUUCUAGCAUCUAUUUCAACGAGUUAUUGGCUCUAGUCUGCAGUUCUUUCAAUGUCCUGAUUCCUGCCUUGACUAUUCUUAUCUCCUACAUCUACAUCCUCUACAAAAUCUUCCACAUCCACUCCACAGAGGGCAGGUCCAAAGCCUUCAGCACUUGCAGUUCCCAUAUCUUGGCUGUUGCUGUUUUCUAUGGAUCUGCAGCAUUCAUGUACCUGCAGCCAUCAUCUGUGAGCCCCAUGGACCAGGGGAAAAUGUCCUCUGUGCUUUAUACCUGCAUUGUUCCCAUGCUGAAUCCUUUGAUCUACAGUUUGCGGAAUAAGGAUGUCAAGUUGGCUGUGAAGAAAAUUCUGGACCUUAGGAAAGUAUAG